AUGGCUUGGUACACCCAGGCAGUUGAAAGAGCCUCCAAUUCUUUCAACGGUCCGCAGGUUCACCUUCACCUACUAGCUUUGACUGGGGCAUCCAUGACUCUCGCUUUUCUUUUCCGUUCAUUCCUCUCCGAACAGCAUCCUAAGGGUACAAUUCUCCCUUCGCCCCGUGCAGCAAUUUCGAAUUUGUCCGAUGCGGAGAAGCGCCAACUCCCUCUGCCAAUUGAUGUGCUCCCUGGAGCGCGGGAUGUGGCCUCGCCGUAUGGCUCCAUGAGGGUGUAUGAAUGGGGUCCAGAGGACGGGCCUAAAGUAUUAUUCGUCCAUGGAAUCACCACACCCUGCAUUGCACUGGGCGGAUUGGCUCAUGCUUUGGCCGAUCAGGGUUGCCGAGUGAUGCUUUUUGACCUUUUCGGAAGAGGUUAUUCGGACUGUCCGUCUGACGCUCCUCAAGACGAUCGACUUUUUGCAACCCAGGUUUUCCUCGCUCUAAGCUCCUCUCCUGUCUCCUGGACGGGAGCUGGCUCUGGGAAAUUCUGUCUGGUCGGUUACUCCUUGGGCGGUGGUAUUGCAGCGGCAUUUGCAUCCUACUUCCCUAAUCUACUCUCCGCAUUGGUGUUAUUGGCCCCAGCAGGGUUGAUCCGCGACUCCCAGAUCAGCUUUCAGUCCCGGCUUCUUUAUUCGCGUGGUCUGGUUCCAGAACGGGUACUCGGUUUCCUUGUUGGUCGUCGCCUCCGUGCUGGGCCCUUGACUACUCCAAGGCCAAAGAACGAAAAACUCAACGUUACAGAUGCCCUCACCGAAGAGCUUCCCUCGCAAACCGCGGGCAAUGUGCAGUUAUUGUCUCGGGCCUAUCCACAUGUUACGGUUCCCAACGCCGUUUCUUGGCAAGUGAACAACCAUGCCGGAUUUGUUCAUGCGUUUAUGUCUAGUAUGCGCUUUGGCCCGAUCCUGCAACAGCGACAGUGGGACACCUGGACACGCCUUGGCAAGUACCUGGCAGCACAGAAAGGACUUCCAAAGAAAGAGCAAUUGACAAAUGGCCUUCCAAGUGACAAAGUCCUCAUCAUGUGCGGCAUCCAUGAUGCCAUUAUCGUGAAAGAUGAGCUUGUGCCCGAUGCCACGUUGACCCUCCAGGGAAAUGUUGAUUUUGAGUACUACAACGCAGGCCAUGAGUUUCCCAGCACCCUGUACGACAAGGUAGCACAACGAAUAGUGGAGCUCUUGCAUUGA